AUGGCCACGAAGUUGUUUGCUGGCAACCUUUUCACCUUCGCCUUCCUCUCCCUCCUCAUCUUCUCAUUCCGCACGGUCGUCGAAAAUGGGACCCACCUCCUCACCUCCUUCGUCGACUGCGACCCUUCUCUCAAAUCCCUCAUCUCCUGCCUCGACCUCGCUGGAACCGGCAAUACCAACCAUCACUCUCCCAAAUCUCCAGCCAAAUCCCCUUCUCCGAUCUCUCCCCGCCACCGACACUGCCCAUUUCUUCACCUCACCCGCAUCGGAACCUUAGACGAUGAUUUCUUCUCCGGCAAUGACGACGACGCUCGCUCCCUCUUCGCUCCAAUCCUCAUUUUCUCCUCCUCUUCCUCUCACUCCACCUCCAAAUUAGGGUUUAUUGGAACUUACGGGACUAGGGUUUCUGAAAUUGUGCGCUCUAGCCUCACGUUCAAGACUGAGAAAUUCAUCAUUUCUAAUGACAUAGCUAGAGGUAGAGAUGGUGACGGAGAAAGCAAUGAAGGGGAGGAGAAAGGCGGCGAUGAAGAAAUGGACGAUCGGGUCGUCGAUUUGCAAUUCUUGAUCAACGGAUUGGAGCUGGGUCGCCGGGACAUGGCAACGUUGUUCUUCCUCCUGAAAGUGUGA